AUUCUUAAAUUCUUAAAAGCCGGCUGCAAAAAAGCUCCACAUUUUUUAACAGAAAAAAUUAGAAGGAAAGACAUCUCUUUCAUACCAUAACGAAAAUUUCUUUCCUUGCCUUUUUUAUUCCUCUGAACUCUGGAGUUUCAAUUGAUCAAAGCAUCCCUUUGAGUCGUAAACAUGAACGACUUACUCACGGAUUCAUUUGUUGGUGAUGGCCAAGGCCAUGGGGAUAUUGAAAUGGGAAGACAGGUUCCCGGAAGUAACUCCGACAUGGGAAUGGAAGCUUUCAAUAAGCAGAUACAAGAGGUUGAGAAACAGGUGGAGAAGCUCUCUGUGUUACUUAGGAAACUCAAGGAUGCUAAUGAGGAGUCAAAGUCUGUUACAAAGGCAUCUGCAAUGAAAGCUAUCAAGAAGCGAAUGGAGAAAGAUAUUGAUGAGGUUGGAAAGAUAGCGCGUAAUGUCAAAGCAAGAUUAGAAGCUAUCAACAAAGAUAACUUAGCCAAUCGGCAGAAACCUGGAUGUGAGAAGGGAACAAGCAUUGACAGAUCCAGGAUGAAUGUUACAACUGCUCUGGCAAAAAAAUUCAAGGAUUUGAUGAUAGAGUUUCAGACUCUCAGACAAAAGAUCCAGGAUGAGUAUCGGGAGGUUGUGGAAAGAAGGGUCAUUACAGUCACUGGAACCAGGCCAGAUGAACAGACAAUUGACCGCCUCAUCGAAACUGGAAACAGUGAGCAAAUCUUCCAAAAGGCAAUUCAAGAACAGGGACGAGGACAGGUACUAAAUACAGUGGAGGAAAUCCAAGAAAGGCAUGAUGCUGUGAUGGAGAUUGAGAAAAAGCUUCUUGAUUUGCAACAGAUUUACCUUGACAUGGCAGUUCUUGUCGAAGCGCAAGGAGAAAUUUUGGAUAACAUUGAAAGCCAGGUCUCAACUGCAGUCACUAACGUCCAGUCAGGGACAAUUGCACUUCAAAAUGCAAAGAAACGACAGAAGAGUACACGAAAGUGGACGUGCAUUGCCAUUAUAAUUCUACUAAUCAUAGUUGCUGUUAUAGUUGUCGGAGUCCUAAAACCUUGGAAGAGUAGUUAGGCUGCUUGAGUUGGUUCCUUUUUGUUGCUUGAUCAUGUAGUUAUUUCGGAAGUACUAGUUUUUCUUUGUGUCAAGGAGUGCAUGUUCCACUUUGCAUGAUCCCUUUCAUCUCUUGUUUUUGAGUACUAGCUUCCUUCAUCUCUUAUAAAGUUUGGUUUGUUAAUACUGAGGUGAAUUGAAGCACACGACUAAACCUGUCCCUGUUUGUGGAAAUUCUCCUUUAGAUUUUUGCCAUCAUCUGGCCAUACUUCUUUCUGAUAAUGGGAAAUUUUCAGUAGCUUCAUCUAAUGCUUAUUGUUCUUUUAAUCACAUUUUCGAUUUUUACAAUAUUAAGGAAAGACUGAUAAGUCUCUAGGCUUUAGCCUUUCUUCUGGACAGACUUAGUUCAAUAGAAUUCUGCAUACACUUUAAUGAAGUAAAAGAGAGAGAGAGACGCUUGUCCAGGAUAUUACCAUUUCUUUUGCUAUAUUCUCAUUUUAGGUUCUAACGGCUAUGCGGUGCCAGCAGAAAAGCUUUUUAAGGUCUCACCCACUCUGGAUUUAUUACUAUUAUUACCAUUAUUUUUUCUUUAUUCUACUAAGGGUGUAGUUGCUAUGAUAAUUAUUCCAAUUAAGUGUUUCAUUUUCUUUUUGAUUCACGAGAAAGUAUUAUAACUCGAACUUAAAAUCUCUACCCGAAUUCUGCCUUAUCUUUUUAGUUGAGCUCGGGUCUUAAAAAAAUUCUUCAAUUCACGUCGAACUGCAAUUGGAAACUCAAAUUCCCUGUAAUUGAGUAAGAUUUAUCAUGCUAACUCAUCCUGUAGGUUUUACAGUUUGUCCUGUAUAACUGUUGGGCAUGUCUUGAACUUAUUUUGAAGUCAUUGCUUGUCAAUGAAUAGCAACAUGUUAUCGGGUGGCUAUGUCAAGAAUUUAAGUAGACAUUAGACCUCCAAUCCAAUAGGCACAGGACAGCUCAAAACAAAGAGGCAUUUGACUUUGCCUAGGGCUCAUUUUUCUUGUUUUUACAAUAGAAUUAACACAUUCAUUCAUUCGUGAGACCUUAACUAGUUCUCUCUGUGCUUUGACCAUAUGUCAAAGGAGUACUCUAUAGGCCUUGAUACAAGGUUCUUAGUUUUGUUGCUUUUGGGCUAAGACAAGGCCUGGUUGAGUUAGCCAAUGGCUAGAUGGGUCGCUUUUUUGCCUAAUCAAUCACAUGGUUGUGGACCAUUGGCAUAUCUAACAAUUACAUAUUGUCAUCGACUCCCUUGAAAGAGUUUAUGGAAUCUGAUUAUUGGUUGAUCAUUUGG